AUGAAGUUACACAUCAGGCAAUUUCCGGACCUGGCACCGAAGCUACGUCUGGAACAUUGCUUGCUUGUGAGCCAUGGCUAUAAGCCGCCUGCAAUCGUACACUUGGACAAUAACUGCGGGAAGUGGGAAGAAGGGCGUCGGAAGGCGUCGAGCAGCGUCGAGGGAAUGUCCUGCAAAUCAGGGAUCCUGAAUCUGGGGAGGACCAAAGCCAGCCAGCCAGCCAGCUUCGCAAGAAAUUCAUGGUAA